CGAUUCGCGCGCACGCCCUCGCUCCCGCCAAUUCCACUGCUUUGCGCGGGAAACGCACGUCACCAAGCACCAACCCCCACCUCACGCCGAUCCAUAGAUGUAGAUGUAGUUGGCGAUGGAGAUGCGGAAGAAGGAAGCGGGCAUGGAAAUGGUUUGGGGUCGUCGGCGUGCUGCGCCUCCGCCGGAGGAAGACGACGAGGUCGAGAGGUCCAGAUCCGCCAAGGCCAAGAACGACCCCCUCUCCGUCUACGAGGCCACACUGCUGAAGCUGCGACAUGGCUCGGUACAAGCUUUUACAGCGGCCCAGCCGGAUGAUGGCACGAAUGGAGGCGGUGAUGAUGGAGCUGCUGGUGCUCAAAGCAAGGAAGCAAACUAAAGGAAGGGAAGGGCACCUCAUUCCUCUAGAUGUGAUGUUGUAUUGUGUUUGGUUAUAUGCUUAUAUUGUGUUGUGGUAAAAAGAUACAAUAACCCAAUAAGAUUAUGUGUUGCUUGCCAAGAUUUGCAAA